CGAAGACCGAAGCAUUGAAGACAGCGGUUUGCUAUUAAUUCACCGGCAGCCAACGGACGAGCAUCUCGCAUGUGCAUUAUCCGUUUACAUUUUUGCGUUUUCGUUAAGAAUUAGCCAUCGCGACACGAACGGCGUUAUUAGUGAUGAACAUUCUUCUUCUGGGAUAAGAGUUUUUUUUCUUUCGGUCUGGGUUCACAAGAGACUGACUGGUUCUUUAACUAGUGGUGUGACGAACGAAAAACAAAAUGUUGAGGUUCAUAUCCCUCUACAUAGCUCUACUGGCUAUUCUGUUUUUCACUCUCUCGGACAGUAAACCAUCACUUUCAACAAAAAAUCAUGAGCUUCUUACAAAACUGGGAUUGCAGAGAAUCAGAGGUCCAAACAGCCAUCAUAGGAAGAGACUAGCCGUAGAAUCAAGACACCACAGCCGAUCCGAUGAUUCUCAUAUGUACAUUGUGAAACUACCUCCACAUCCACACUAUUACGUUCAUAACGCGCCAAAUUCUUUAGAUGAUAUCAACAGUAAAAGCAGAAAUUUACCUGUGGGGUUCAAGAACAAUGGUAAACCUUCGAAAAUUUAUCAUUGGAAUCUACCUUUGAUGAAAAAAGUAGCGGCAUCGCACAAAGCUAAAUCAGACGAUUACUUGAAUGAUUACAGACAACCGGAAAGUUGGAAUGAAGUUUUGGAUAAACCGAUUAAAGAAAAAAAACCUCACAAACCUUACUAUUAUGUUCCUGCUAAACCUAAGAAGUCAGGUUUCACUAAAUAUUUUUCUGGCAAUGGAAAACCACAUUCUUUCUACGUAAUUGGGAAGAGUAAGAAGGCGCAUUACCAUCGGUUAUUACCGUAAAGAAAGUGUGAAUAAGAACUUUGUGCAAUAUAUAAUAAUGUAUCUAUAUUAUAGACUGACCCUUUAAGCUUAAAUCUAAUUUUAUAUAUAAUAUAUUGUAAUAAACCGACUGUUUUUACAAUAAAAUUCUUAACUAAUG